AUGGAGAAGAUAUCGGAUAAGAUAGAAGCUCUUCCUAAGGAUGCACACUAUUUUUCCUUGGAGUUUUUCCCUCCAAAAACCCAGAUGGGAUCAUCAAACCUCCAAGCUCGUCUGGAGCGUAUGUCCCAGGCUCUACGGCCUCUGUUCGUGACUGUUACAUGGGGUGCCGGCGGGAGUACCGCCGCCAGAUCGCUUGAACUGGCAGAGAUAUGUCAGAGACAGCUGGGGUUGACGACAUGUCUUCAUCUGACUUGCACGAACAUGAAUCGAACAUUGAUAGAUGAAGCUCUGGAAGAAACAAAGGCAUUAGGCAUCCGGAAUAUCCUUGCCCUACGUGGGGACCCUCCACGGAGUGAAGAGUACAACAUAGACGGAGAGGAUGAUAGUAACAAAGACUUCAGCCAUGCUGUUGACUUGGUAAGAUACAUCCGCAAGAAAUACGGUGAUUACUUCUGCAUUGGUGUUGCGGGAUAUCCUGAAGGCCAUGCGGACGAAUCUCACCCCGAAGUGCAAGAUCCGUUGAAAGACCUGCCCUACUUGAUUGAGAAAACUCAAGCCGGUGCAGACUUCAUCAUGACCCAAUUAACAUAUGACAUCGAAGCGUAUAGAAAAUAUGAGGACUUGCUCAGGAAUCAUGAAUCAGGAACAUUCAAGACUAUUCCUAUCAUACCCGGCUUAAUGCCCAUUCAGAGCUAUCAUACUCUAACUAGAGUUACUAAGCUCAGCCACGCCAAAAUCCCCCCGGAAAUACUGGCAAAAGUGGAGGCUUGUAAAGCAGAUGACGAGGUUGUGAAGCGAGUUGGUGUCGAUAUUGUCAGUGAACUCGUCGAGGGUAUUAAGAAGAUUUCUACACCAGGCCACCGUGGAUUCCAUUUUUACACCCUUAACCUAGAGAAAUCGGUUUCCUUCAUUCUGGAACGAUGCAACUUGAUCCCCCCAUCAUCUGAAGCUCCUAGUGAUAACGAACUCGAAUUUGAGUUGGCUGUAUCUGAUCGAAGUUCAACAGUACACGAGACAUCCGCACUGACGGCAGGGUAUCCUGCCCUUAACCCACCAAACCGUAACACUACCUUGCAAAUAUCCGAGGGUCUCGGUUCUCUGGGACGAGAAGCUACUUGGGAUGACUUCCCCAACGGUCGUUGGGGUGAUGCUCGCUCUCCAGCCUUUGGUGAAAUUGAUGGAUACGGGCCAUCACUCCAUGUAACGGCGCGGGUCGCCAGAAAAUUAUGGGGCACGCCAACUUCCAGGGAAGAUAUCAGCAAUAUCUUCCGCCGACUUCUUUCCGGCGAACUACAUGCUGUUCCGUGGUCAGAGGGUGGAGCAGGAGAAGAAGGCGGUCUAAACCCCGAAACUGCUACUAUCCGAACUGAGCUACUGAAAUUGGUUGAGGGACGUGGGUGGUGGACACUUGCUUCUCAACCAUCCGUUAAUGGCGUGCGUAACGACCACCCAAUAUUCGGCUGGGGCCCACGAGGCGAAGGUUUCGUGUUCCAGAAAGCCUUCGUUGAAUUCUUCUGCCCGGGAGACGAUUUCCACUCAAAAUUGAAACCUUUACUUAACAGUUAUGGCCAUGAUGAGUUUGCCUGGUUCGCUAUGAAUGCCAAAGGCGACUUCCAGUCAUCCACUUCACCGGAACCACCCGCAUCACCUCCUACGGACUCAACUGAACCUCUUUUUGAUACCGACCCUCUGACUGAUAUGGACAAUGGCAGUGUCAAUGCAGUAACUUGGGGGGUAUUCCGGGGUAAAGAGAUCGUCACCCCAACUAUAAUUGAAGCAGUAAGCUUCCGAGCAUGGGGAGAAGAGGCUUUUGGCAUAUGGGAGGAAUGGAGGCGCAUAUUCCCUCGUGGUAGUGCCAGCGAAAAGCUGAUAAGGGAUGUUAAGGAUGACGUGUGGUUGGUUUGCGUUGUUGGUCAGCGCUUUGGGGCUGGCGGGGAGGUUGGAAAGGAGUCCAAUGAAGACGAUGGACAGUUACUUUGGAAGGUACUAGCAGAUGCCUGGAAAGCUGCAAUGUCUUCCGAAGUUUUACUGUUUCUAUUCACUGUGAAACACCCAAGUCCUCUUGUGUCAGAUCCAGGGCUAAAUGAUUACAUGAAAAUCAAUGUUCAACGCCGCAAGAAAUAUCUGGCCGUUUUUAUACAAAACUAG